AUGGCAUCCGCAUCUCGUUAUUUCCUGAACUCCACCUCGAGUCUAGAGGAAGAUGGCUGCCCCUCGACCCUGCGAGAUCGCCUGCGUGACGACGAUACUCCAGCAACGAGUUCCUCCAUCGGGCCAAUUCCCUACCAGAAUAUCUACCAGCAGGUUCACGAUUGCCUUGGUAAAUCCUUGGAAACUUCAAAGCCCGAAAGCAAGGUUGUUCCUACACCGGAUCGCAAUGAUCAGGCUUCGCAGCUACGAGAAUCGUAUGCUCGCAUGGGAAUGUCCCUUCACAGCUCUGCAAUUGAGCACCUCGUAAAGGCGCACACGGAUGUGCAGGCCAAGACAGCCAGCUUCGCAGAGAAAUCCGGCGAGACCUUGUCGCAGUCCAAAAAGCUGUACGCCAACAUCGCCUACCCGCUAUCGGCCACACUUUGCCAUCACAAUGACCAUGAAGACCACCCUCGAGCAACUGUCGCCGAUGAGUGCUGUGCGACCGAGGAACAGGCUUGGAAGCAACUGAACAAAGAGCUCGCCGAGCAAGGUGGCCAGAAUGGUGUCGAUGCGGAGCUUUUAAAGGUUGCUGAGGACCUCAAGAAACAGGCAGAGGCCAUCGUGGAGGAAAAGUGUCGACUCUUGGACGAGGUUGACAAGGAGUUCAAGGCUGAGAUCCAGAAUGAGACUUUGAAGAUGAUGCAGGAUCUCUUCGACGAAUGA